UCCUCUUCCUCCUGACUGUCUGUCUCCUGUUAGCUGGCCCUCACUCACACACCUGGCCAUACUGCAGGACUUGGCAUGUACUUACAUGCCCCACCCCCUCUUCACCUAGGGUGGGGCUCCAGACCUCCCGGAAGUACUGCUAGAGUGGACCCAAGCCCCCAGGAGAGGAAAAAAAAGGAUUGGGACAGGUGAGAGCCUGUCUUGACCAAGGCUGACCUGGAUGAGACGGUCUCAACAGGUAGGGAGAGGGGCAGAGGAUGGAGGCCUUGUAGGAGAGUCCCUCCUGAUCUGGACAAUGUUCCUUUCCUCGGGAGCUCCCAGCAACAGAAGGGAGGGGCAUGACCCAACAGUGAGGUCACAGAGCCCAGCAGUGCCCUCUGGAAAGAGAGCCCGAGACCUAGAAUGAACUUUGACCAGAAGGCUGUGAAAUUCCUGGCAAAUUUUUACAUCAAUGGAGGCAAACACUGGACCCGGGGUCCCCUGAGUCAGCAACCUCUUCAUCCCACCCAGCCCGAGGCUGCUGUGCUGUGGUGGGACCAGGAGCUUGAGGCAGCCUGGAACGAGAUGUGGCCCCCAAAGGCAAAGAGGGCCCCAAGUGGCUUCAGGUCAAAAAUGAGCACCCCCAAAGAGUCCACAUCUACCUGCGCAGAGACCCUGAGGGAUCUGUUGCAAGAGCGACGCCCCCCGAUCCUGACUGACCUGGAUGUCCCGGGCCCCACCAAGUAUGAAGUGCCCAGUGCGUCUCUUCGGGAGUCCUCUCCACAUCCCCAGUACACCAUGGGCCACAAGUACCCUGGUCGAGAGGGUGGUGGCCGUAGGGCAUGGCAGACCUUGUGGCUCCAAAGUGAAAGCCCCUUCACGCAGAAGACCGACUUCAACCGAGAGCGAAAGUGGCCAUCGCCCGCCGAGUACAGGCCGCUGAGCCAGCCUGCCUUCCCGGCCUUCAGCUUUGGAGGCCGCCGCCGCUCUGUUGUCAAGCUACCCAGGGAUUUGCGCCCAGGGAUGCUACGAGCCCGAGGUCCUUGUGCCUAUACCCCACUCUUGGCUGCCUCACAGCCCUCUGGCGAGAAGCGACCCAGCCCCAACACCUAUAACAUCCUUCCUGGGUACCGUCUGCAGAGUACACGCUCACCUGCCUUCUCCAUGAGUCGCUCCCCUGCGUUUGUCUCCUGGGUCAGCUCCUCCCGAACCCCAGGUCCGGCUGCCUACUACGUGGAAGACUGCUACAACUCACGCUUCCCAUCUCCGCCUGGAGUGGUCAUCCAAGGAGUGCGCAGGCCCAAGCGUCACGACACAGGCCCCUUCUGCACGCUGUAGGCCCGUCGGGUAUAGAUCGCAAAGCUGACCUCCCUUGAAGUUUUCCUGGGUUUCCUUUGGAACUCUCUGCAGCCUGGCCUUCUGACCAUCUAGACACCCCUCACCCACUCUCCUGGCUUACACUGCGCAACGAGAAGAGUCUUUCCAGGGCCCUCCUCCCCCUACUAUACUGAGAUGCAAAUGAUUCUUUUGAACUGUGGUCUCUGGUUGCCCAUCCUUUGCCUAAUGGGCUA